CCGGACCCAAACACGCGAAGAAUAGUACAGAACAUUAUAAUAUAUUAAUAUCCAUUAUAUCGUGAUACUCGUUGUGUGUAACCGUUUAAUACAACGAUUCGGUGGUGAUUUUUUUUUUUUUGUUGUUGUCAUCGAGAUUUUCAUCGGGUUUUCCGUUAUAAUGCCGUACGCACCCUGUGCGUCACCGCAAGACGAAGUGUAUUUUCAAUAACGUAUUUAUAGCUUACCAUAUAUAUACGCAAGUAAAAUUGCACUGUAAAUAGUAUAGUAAAUAAUAGUUUGAAGACCACUUCGUCGUAUAUGCAUCAUAGUUGAUACGAACGCAUACAAUGGAACAAUUUUGGCAUAGUUUAUUGAUUGGUUGUCUCUUCACGGUGACGGUGUGCAGUUCGGAAGACACGACACCACGUCAAGUAACACCAAAUUCCGACGAAUAUCAAGACGAAAUCGCCGCGGCCGAAGAUCACGAACACCACAGGAUCAUCAUCGUGGUGCCCAAAGAAGUGCCGCAGCAUGUGAAUCACGUGCACACGUACAAGCUAGCCGGUAAGGGCAUACCGCUGAUACACUCUGGCAAAGUGGUGCACGACCACAAGCACAGCGGCAAGGUGGCGCACGAGCACGGGCACGUGGGCAAAUCCGCGCACAGUCACAAGCACACUGGAUCGUACGGCCACCAGCACAAGCAUCUCGGGUACAUGGGCCACAAGCACUUCGGAAAAGUGGGCGUCGUCGGGCACGGGCACAAGGAGGUGCAUCAGCCACCGCGACAUUCGCAGCUCGACCACCACAACCGCGGCCACCAUCCACUGCUGCACAAUGCCGCGCACCAGCUGCACUUGCAGCACCAACAGCAGCUGCUGCAUGCCGGAGACUAUCUAGUGCAACAGCACGGCACCGCGGGUGGCAGCAGCGGCGUGCUGCAGGCCGGCGGACGUAGGCCCGCGUCCGGUGGUCGCGUACAGUUCGUGCCGUCGUCCAAGCCGCGUGGCCUGGGAUCGUUCAUGCCCGCGGAGAUCCAACAGUACGUGCAGCACAGCGCGGUCGUCCAACAGCAGCAGUUAGAACAUCAACAGUUGCAGCAUCAGCAGCAUCAGCAGCAUCAGCACCAUCAGCAGCAUCAGCAGCAGCAGUAUGCGGAGUACGACGACGACGAGAGCGGCGGUGGCCGUAGUGCAUCGCCGCCCGCGUACAACGUGAUACACUUACGGGUGCCCGAUCAUCAAGAACCGAACGUCAUCAAGCACGUGGACAUCGAUUUGGUCAACAACGUGGCCAAACUGCAGACCAGCGAAAAACAACAGCCAGUCACUGCUAAUUUCAAGUCGGUGACGCAGUACAACAAGGUGAUCGGACACGGGCGUGCGGUGGCCGCGGCAAAUGCUGAGGACGAAUUUGAUGCGCAAACGGACGACGAGGACGUGGGCGGUGAGUUGUUACUGGAAGACGUCGGUUACCGGUUCGGCGAGGGUUAUAGACUAGCAAUGGACACGUCAGGUGACUUAGGAUCCCAUGACUUUUCCGCCGCCCAGGAGCAGGACGAGGAGGAGGCGGACGAGUCGUUCAAGGAACCUUCGGCCGACGAACCCUCAGACGGUGGCGGCGGCGGCGGCGGCGGCGGAAGCAACAGCAACAACGCCUACAGCCAGACGUACAGUUUACAGUUUUGAUAUAACCUUCAACACCGUUACCAAGUCUUAUGAGAUCGUUAUAGUUUUGUUGUAGUUUUUUUUACGUGUAAAUUAUUUGUUUUUGUUACUGUUUUUGAUUUUAUUUUGUUUUAUAACGUAGUAUUGCAUUAUGCGUCGU